CUUUCUCGUCCUCUUUCCUGCCUCCUUUUGCAGAAGUAGCAGAGACGCACAGAGCCAGCCUUCUCCACGAGGGCACCUGCGGAGAGCACAUAGGACCCCGUGACGCCGAGCAUGUCAGAAACUUCCAGUAGCACCUUUGGGGGCAGGAGUGCAGUGCCACCCAACAACUCCAAUGCAGCGGAAGACGAGCUCCCCACCGUGGAGCUGCAGGGCCUCGUGCCCCGGGGUGUCAACCUGCAAGACUACUUGAGUGUCACGGAUGUCCACCUCUUCAAGGAGAGGUGGGACACCAACAAGCUCGACCAUCACACAGACAAGUACGACAAUACCAAGCUUAUCGUGCGGAGAGGGCAGCCGUUCUAUGUCCAGAUCGACUUCAACCGUCCGUACGACCCCACGAGGGAUUUCUUCAGGGUGGAAUAUGUCAUCGGUCGCUACCCUCAGGAGAACAAGGGAACAUACAUCCCAGUGCCUGUAGUCUCAGAGCUGCAAAGUGGAAAGUGGGGGGCCAAGGUCAUCAUGAGAGAGGACAGGUCUGUUCGGCUGUCCAUCCAGUCUUCACCCGACUGCAUCGUGGGUAAAUUCCGCAUGUAUGUCGCAGUGUGGACGCCUUAUGGAAUACUCCGAACCCUCCGAAACCCGGAAACAGACACGUACAUUCUCUUCAAUCCUUGGUGUGAAGAGGACGCUGUGUACCUGGAGGACGAGAAGGAGAAGGAGGAGUACGUUCUGAACGACAUCGGGGUGAUCUUCUAUGGAGACGUCAGUGACAUCAAGAGUAGGAGCUGGAGUUACGGUCAGUUUGAAGAAGGUAUCCUUGAUGCUUGCCUGUAUGUGAUGGACAGGGCGCAAAUGGAUCUUUCUGGCAGAGGAAAUCCCAUUAAGGUCAGCCGCGUCGGCUCUGCAAUGAUUAAUGCUAAAGAUGAUGAUGGUGUCAUCGUUGGAAGCUGGGACAAUAUCUAUGCCUACGGCGUGCCCCCCUCAGCCUGGACAGGAAGUGUUGAUAUUUUACUGGAAUACCGGAGCUCCGAGAACCCAGUCCGGUAUGGCCAGUGCUGGGUGUUUGCUGGUGUCUUUAACACAUUUUUACGAUGCCUGGGCAUACCAGCAAGGGUCAUUACCAAUUAUUUCUCAGCCCAUGAUAAUAAUGCCAACUUGCAAAUGGACAUCUUCCUGGAAGAAGAUGGGACCGUGAGUUCAAAGCUCACCAAGGACUCUGUGUGGAAUUAUCACUGCUGGAACGAAGCGUGGAUGACGAGGCCUGACCUCCCUGUCGGGUUUGGAGGCUGGCAGGCUGUGGACAGCACUCCCCAGGAAAACAGUGAUGGCAUGUAUCGCUGUGGCCCAGCUUCCGUCCAAGCCAUCAAGCACGGCCAUGUCUGCUUCCAGUUUGAUGCCCCCUUCGUCUUUGCAGAGGUCAACAGUGACCUCAUUUACAUCACAGCCAAGAAAGAUGGUACUCACGUGGUCGAAGCUGUGGAUACCAGACACAUCGGAAAAUUAAUUGUGACCAAGCAGAUUGGAGCUGAUGGCAUCAGUGAUAUUACCGACACUUACAAAUUCCAAGAAGGCCGUGAGGAAGAGAGGCUGGCCUUAGAAACUGCCCUGAUGUAUGGCGCCAAAAAAGCCCUCAGCACAGACAGCGCCAUCAAAUCAAAGUCUGACGUGGAUAUGAACUUCAAGGUGGAAAACGCCGUGCUGGGCAAAGACUUCAAGCUCACCGUCACCUUCCAGAACAACAGUCCUAACCGCUACACCAUCUCAGCCUAUGUCUCGGGCAACAUCGUUUUCUACACGGGUGUCUCCAAAGCAGUGUUCAAGAACGAGACCUUCAGUGUGGUGCUCGAGCCUCGGUCCUUCAAAAGCGAGGAAGUGUUGGUCAGAGCCAGCGAGUACAUGGGCCAGCUGCUGGAACAGGCGUCCCUGCACUUCUUCGUCACAGCUCGUGUCAAUGAGACCAAGGAUGUGCUGGCAGACCAGAGAUCCGUCAUGCUCAGGAUCCCCAAGGUCGUCAUCAAGGUGCGUGGCACACCUGAAGUUGGUUCUGACAUGGUUUUCACAGUCGAGUUCACCAAUCCUUUAAAAGAAACUCUGCAAAAUGUCUGGCUUUAUGUGGAGGGUCCUGGAGUGAUGAGGCCAAAGAGGAAGUUGUUCCGUGAAGUCCGGCCCAACGCCACCGUGCAGUGGGAAGAAGUGUUUCGGCCUUGGGUCUCUGGCCCUCGGAAGCUGAUAGCCAGCAUGACCAGUGACUCCCUGAGACAUGUGUACGGCGAGCUGGACUUGCAGAUUCGACGCCAAUCUUCUAUGUAAAGGCACUAGAGGCUGAGUUGGACACCGGCGCUUGGCUAAGAAAAUUCUAAUGCAAUGAUAGUCAAUCCAUGCUUUAAACUUAGGUUAUGUGUAGACCCAUUUGGGACUGAAGAGGACCCCCAAGUGGCAAUGACAAGGAUUUCAAAUACCCGGCUAUUGGGGUGGGUGAUAGUGUAUAACCAGUCCCUCUCCAAAGCAGACUGAGCGUUGUCUAUAAUU